AUGACAACGAUGAACGAUCGCAUGGAGCUCGUUCCGGGCACACAGGAUGUUUUCGGACAGCUACCUCGCAUGAAAGGGUAUACCCACCUAGUCGUGUGUUUGUCCCAUCCAGAGAGCUAUUCUCGAGAUGCCACUGUAUUGGCUUUUCAAGCGGCCGCCAGUCGAAUCACGGCGGCCCUACCUUGGCUCGGCGGUGCAGUGCUACACUCAGAGGUUGGCCCAGGAUGUACGGGUAUCUUCACCGUGGCACGAUGCGCCCGAACUCGAAAUAUUCUCCACAUCCAGGAUCGAUCGGAGGAAUGCUCGUCUUAUGAAGAUAUCAUAGCCUCCAGAGCACCAAGUGAUCUUCUCGAAGGACACCUACUCUCGGCCCAGACAUCUCUCCCUGACAGCUAUACCGAGAGUGAGACUGAGCCUGCGCCAGUCCUGACUUUGACAAUGAGUUGGAUCAAAAAUGGUCUGAUUCUCGACUGCGCAGCCCAACACAACAUACUGGACAUGGGAGGCAUUGACCAGUUCUUCCGUCUCCUGGCGACUGAACUACAAGCCAAAUGUUGCGGCCAUACAGUUAUAGAUACCAACAAUCGUGACCGGUUGCAAAUGUUUUCAUUGCUGGAACCAAACGAGUUUCGAUGCGGCCAUUCAGACAUGCGAUGUCCUUCGUCUCUAAUCACAAUCCGGCGGUCUCCUCCACCAGGCUCUUUACCAGCGUUCUAUCAUUUCCGCUUCGAUAAAGCCAGCAUCUUGCAACUAGCAGGCUUGGCAAAUACUCCAUCGGUAGAUGAUGCCCUCAGUGCAUUCAUCUGGAAGCAACUCAGCAUAGCCCGCCUACGUCUGGGCCAGAAGCCGGGCACAGUAACGGGCUUUUCUCGAGCCGUCGACUGUAGACAGGCUCUUAAUAUACCAAAGGAGUACAUGGGCGUUGCCGUCGUCAAAACCUUCUCGACCAUGACUUUGGAGGAGAUUGGAAGAGCCUCAUUGGGAAGCAUAGCUGUAAAUUUGCGCAGAGAUGUCCGGAGAAUCAGAGAUCGAAGUUUCCUCCGUAGCCUAGCAACGCUGAUCGCCGAAGAGCCUGACAAAAGCACUAUCAACUAUGUGCCAGAACUUAAUCCUGAUACCUGGCUUAAUGCAUCUUCGUGGGCGGGCGUUGGUGCAUACAGUCUCAACUUUGGGCCCCUAGGCAAGCCUGGUAUCGUAAGACGCCCGAAAUCCAAGCCGGUCCUGGGGCUAUUGUACUUUCUACCCAAAUCGGAACAAGGCGAUAUAGAUGUGUUACUCUGCUUGAAGGAGAGUGAGAUUCAAGGCUUGAGAGGCGAUCCUCAAUGGAGCCAGUAUGCUGGAUAUAUUGGUUGA